UCUUUUAAAAAUUUUUACUUAUGUUAAUAUUUAUAAUUCUUCUCAUUUUAAUUCUUUUUUGUGCUGGAUUUUAAAUCUGGCAACACCGUCCAUUCAUUGUAGUGCACUCGCAAUGCACUCGUAAUAAAAACAUAAAUAGAUGAAAAGCUCGUGUUCCUAGUAUUUGUGUACCUCUUGUAAGGAGUAACCGUUGUGUGUUUGCGUUUAUCGAGUGUUGUUUUGUGUUUCCGAUGUUUUUUUUUUGUGUUUUGUUUUCACGUAAACUAUUCAACAUCAUAUCCAUCAUAUAACCUAUAUUUCGUAUAAAUUAGAUCAAGUGUGCCACUGUAUCAUUUUAUAUAAGAUACUUUAGCCUUUAAAAUGGUUAUAAGGUGUGAAGUGUGCAAAAAAAUAAGGAAAAUCCACCCUGGACUGUCAUUUCAUAUAUUUCCAAAGAAUAAUGCUAGAAAACUGAUGUGGUUUUCUCUGUUAGGAAUUACUGAUAGCAAAGCAUUGAAAAAUCGAGCAGUAGUUUGUUCUGAUCAUUUCAAUAGAUCUGAUUUUUUUACAAAAAAUGAGAGACAAUAUUUAAAACCCGAUGCAUUGCCACUACCAUUUAUGUCACCAUUUAUACAACCUAGAUAUAGCCCAAGCUCGGAAACAUCAAGUUGUUCAACAUCAUCUGGAAAAUCACUAUCAAAACCAAGGGAUAUGAGGAAUGAAUAUGAUGAAGUGAAACUAGGAACAUUAUCUAGAACCUCAUCUUCUUCAACACUUACGGCCUCAGAAACUGAUAUUCCCAACCCUAAAUAUGAUAUAAUAUUUGGUUCGCCUGUUGAAGAAUAUCAAAUGUAA